AUGGCCAACACAGAUUUCGAAAAAAUCUACCUCAACCAAUCAAGGUUGACUGGGCGUAUGCGUGUGGCCGACUCGGGUCUCGGCUGGAAAGCGGCCCAGAGUUCUGGCGAUGGAGCUGCUAACGCUCCAUUUCUUUUACCUUCAGAAGAGAUUCUUAAUGCCCACUGGUCUCGUGGCUCUCGUGGGUAUGAAUUAAGAGUUCAGACGAGAAACCAAGGUGUGGUGCUGCUUGAUGGUUUUGACCAGGAAGAUUUUUCUAAGAUGAAGCAGGAACUACAAAGAAACUUCCAGAUUGCGUUGGAGCAUAAGGAACAUUCGUUGAGAGGAUGGAACUGGGGGCAAACCGACUUGGCCAGAAACGAGUUGGUGUUCAAUGUGAACAACAAGCCAUCUUUUGAGCUUCCAUACUCGGAGAUUUCCAACUCGAACUUGACUGGUAAGAAUGAGGUUGCAGUGGAGUUCAACUUGGGCAACGAUAGUAAAGCCGGUGACGAGUUGGUCGAGAUGAGAUUCUACAUUCCUGGUGUUGUGGAGAACGAAACUACAAAGACUGUGGAGGGUGAGAACGGCGAAAAGAAACAGGAGGAAGAGACCGAAGAGGUCAGCGCUGCCUCUGUAUUCUAUGACCAGCUCAAGGACAAGGCAGACAUCGGCCAGGUUGCCGGUGAGGCUAUCGUUUCUUUCAGCGAUGUGUUGUUCUUGACUCCAAGAGGUCGUUACGAUAUCGACAUGUACGCCACAUCUUUGAGAUUGCGUGGUAAAACCUACGACUACAAGAUUCAAUAUAAGCAGAUUGAAAGAAUCUUUUCUUUGCCAAAGCCAGAUGAUGUUCACCAUUUGAUUGUUUUGCAAAUUGACCCUCCUUUGAGACAGGGACAGACAAAGUACCCAUUCUUGGUGUUGCAGUUCUCCAGAGAAGAAGAGACCGAGCUCGAGUUGAACUUGUCUGAUGAGGUAUACGAAUCCAAGUACAAGGAGAGAUUGAAGAAGAAGUACGACACACAGACUCAUUUGGUUAUGGCUCACUGUUUGAAGGGCUUGAUGGAGCGUCGUUUGAUUGUGCCAGGCUCGUUCCAAUCUCGUUUCAUGCAAGCCGGUGUGGCCUGUUCUUUGAAGGCAUCCGAAGGUUACUUGUACCCAUUGGACAGAUGUUUCUUGUUCGUUACGAAGCCUACAGUCUACAUUCCAUACUCUGAGGUGAGCAACGUCACGAUGUCUCGUACCGGAGGCGGAGUUUCUGCUUCACGUACGUUUGACUUGGAGGUGAACUUGAGAGGGUCUGGUCCUUCGCAUGUGUUUGCCAACAUUGACAAGGAGGAGCAAGAGGCUGUGGAAAGAUUCUGCCUGGAGAAGGGAUUGAGAAUCAAGAACGAAGAGAAGAUGGCCAAGGCUAUGUUGGCCAAGGCUAUGAACGAGGAAGACGACGACGACGAUGAUGCUGAUGUCGAUAUGGGCAGUGCUGGAGACGAUGAGAGUGACGAGGACGGGGACUUUGGAUCCGGAUCGGAUUCCGAUGUGGCCGAAGAAUUCGAUUCCAACGCCUCUGCAUCCGAAUCAGAGGACGAAGCGAUGGACGGACAGCAGGACGACAGACCACCCAAAAAGAAGACCAAGAACUAA